AUGCGGUUGAUCGUCUUGAUCUCGAACUUUGCUGUGGCGCUGAAUGCUGCGUCGCUACAUCCUAAAUCCGACUUCAAAUAUCUUGUCACGUUUGGGGACAGCUACACCGAUAACGGUCGGCUUAGCUACUAUGGAGGCCAUAAUGAUCAACCACCGCCCCCAGGAGUGAUGCAACCAGAGUCCAACGCCACUGCCAGUGGAGGUUUAACAUGGGCUCAAUAUGUUAAAAGCAGCACCGGCGCAACUCUUUACGACUACGCCAUCUCUGGUGCCACAUGCGACAAUAACAAUGUAGCAAGAUGGGCAUCUUUUCUCAAUGCAAACUUUCCUUCAAUCAUUACCGAUGAGAUCCCAUCAUUCAAGCGGGAUCGGAAGACGGCUUUGUAUCGCGGCGUAACUGCGGCAAACACCGUGUACGCUCUUUGGAUAGGAACAAACGACCUCAGCUUUUCUGGAAUCCUUAGCGACUCUCAAGUGGCCGGAACAACUAUUUCAACAUACAUUGACUGCCUGUGGGCGACAUUUGACGCUAUCUACGCUGUAGGUGGUAGGCGCUUCGUGCUACUGAACCUGAACGCCCUUCAGCUGGUGGGAUUAUAUCGCCCUCAAUCUGAUGGAGGCGCAGGCGACAACCAAUUCUGGCAGAACAAGACAUUGUAUAACCAGACAGAGUACGCUCAAAAGAUGCUCGAGUAUACUACUUCAUCGAACACUAUUAUCGACUAUGGAGUUCCAUUCUACCUCCUCGUCAAAAAUCGCUGGCCAGGAGCAAAGAUUUCGGUAUUUGACAUCCACACCCUCAUUACCGACAUCUAUGACAACCCCAAGACUUAUUUGGAGUCACCACACAACGUCAAGGGAUUUUACCACCACUGUGACGUGAAUGGUGCAAACUGUAAAGAUGGGCCAGGAUCACUCGAUUCUUAUCUGUGGUAUGACGAGCUCCAUCCUUCUAAUAAGACAGACUCUGUUAUUGCCCGGGAAUUUGUCAAAGUUGUCGCUGGAGACUCCAAGUUUGGCACGUCUUGGGGUCACUGA